CACCAUCGUAGGAUUCCUCUUCUUCUUCUUCUUCUUCCCAGUCGAAUUCUCCGAUCGCUUCGCCGGCGCAGAAAUGACGAAGUUCAGGAAGCUCGGCCGGCACACGGGUCAUCGUAUGUCCAUGCUCAGGACUCUGGUUUCUCAGUUGGUGAAACACGAGCGAAUCGAGACCACUCUCACAAAGGGAUCACUCGAUGCAGCAAGGCGAGCUGCUGGGUUUGUUAGAGGAGAUGAUGUAAUUCACAAGCUUUUCACAGAGUUGGCUCAUCGAUACAAAGAUCGAGCUGGCGGAUACACAAGAAUGCUUCGCACUCACAUACGAGUUGGUGAUGCUGCACCAAUGGCCUUUAUCGAGUUUAUCGAUAGAGAGAACGAGCUAAGGCAAUCAAAACCAGCAACACCACAACCGCCACCUCAACUUCCUCUUGACCCAUGGGCUAGAUCCCGUCACACCAGGCAAUACGCACCACCAAAGGAAGAAACAAGUUCUAUUUCCGAACUAUAAAUAUUUUAAUAUCUCUUUGUGUCUCCCCACACAAAAAGAUAAUGUUUUUUUCCUACCCCAUGUUGUCUCCUUCAAACCCAUAGCUUUGUGUGUCACCUUAUUCAUCACACUUAUCAUUCAUCAUACCAUGUUUGUCAAAUGGUAGAAAAUA